AUCACUCUUUCCAUCCAACAGAUCUCGCUAAAAUAAGAGGCAGAGAGAAUCGCACUUUCUGCUUGCCACAAGGAGUAAGGGGUUUGAAUGCAUCAUUUUAAAAGUAGGAGGUGUAAAGUGUAAUUUUACCCACAUUAAAGUCGUCAAACGAGAAACCACUCUUCUCUGUCAAAGUGUGUUCGGUAAGAAAAGAGUUAAAUACUGGAAGCACGAGCGCACCGCUCUCUUCUCUGCUGCUUCUCGCUCUCUCCAAUGACCAUUCCGAGACUGCUUCUCCUCUCUCUCUUCCUAACCCUAGUUCUCGGAAAAAUUGCAGCGGAUGCGGGGAUUAGUGACGACGAAGCCCCAAAGCCGGUGCUAUCGCAGUCGUCCCUGGAGAUCGAGCUUGAGCAACUCAAAUCCAAGAUCUCCUCUCUAGAAUCCAGCAUUGCUGAGAAGACAGGUGAAUUGAAAAGCAAAGAUGAGAACAUCAAGCAGAUGGAAAAUAUCCUUCAGGAGAAGUCGGCGACCAUUGCAUUAUUACAGAGUGAUGUACAAGCACGUGAGCAAAAAGGAUCUGUAGAUGUAAAAGAGCAGUUGGGUAGGGCUCAUGCACGGGUUGGUGAACUAGAGAACCAGGUUGACAGUCUUAGAAAAGAAUUAGAAACGCAAACCAAGGAAAGAGAUGCUGUGGAAGCCCGGUUAAAUGUAGCUGAGAAAAAAGUUUUGGACUUGAACUUGAAACUGGAAAGCCUUAAGAAGAUUAAUGACGAACAGAAAAGCAGAAUUCGUAAAACUGAACGUGCUCUUCAAGCUGCAGAGGAAGAAAUGGUGAAAGCUAGGUUGGAGGCAACCACAGUCGCAAAAGAUUUGACUGAGGUUCGACAAGCAUGGAUUCCACAUUGGCUUGCAACUCAUUUGGUGGACUGCCAGUCCUUCAUAGUGACUCAUUGGAAGGAGACUGGAAGGCCCAUCUUGGAUUCGACUUUUCAAGAGGCACUGCAAAAGAAAGAUCAAUUAAGAAAGUGGGCCGAACCCCACGUUGAAACAGUGAAAACUACAUGGAUCCCAAUUAUGAAGGACCAGUGGGUGGGAUUUGUUACUCAAAUUAGGCCACAUGUUGAAUCUCUAACUGCAAAAACAAUUGAGCUUUAUCAUACAUCCAAGGAUUCUAUACAGCCCCAUGUUGUCAAAAUACAGGAGAUGGUGGAUCCACAUUAUCAGGAAGUGAAGAAAAUCACCAAGCCAUACAUUGACCAAGUCGCAACUGUGGCAAAACCUCAUGUGGAGAAAACACGUGUUUUCUUGAAACCGUACACCAAGAGUCUAGUUCGUACUUAUAAGAAGUUUGUUAAAGCUGCUACUAUGUACCAUCGUCAGGUCCAAGCUACAAUAAGUGAAAAGCUCAGGAAUCAUGAGCUUACGAAAGCACUUGCAACUGAUGAGCUGGUUUGGUUUGUGGCAUCUGCUUUGAUGGCUGUACCCGUGAUUGUUCUUUUCAAAGUGGUUUCAGCCAUUUUUUGUAAAAAGUCCAGAAAGCAAACUCGGAAUCCAAGCCAUACGCGUCGCCGAACUAAACGGGUACAUCCAGACAAGUGAAGUUCUUGGAACUGUGUGGUCAAAAUUCAAGGACUCUGUGAAGUAUUCCUCUCUUGAAGUAGACAGAUAUCCUCUCCGUGAGGUGGACAACGCGUUUUGGUCACGAAGGAAAAAGGGUUGGAAGUUCUUUGGCAAAAGACUAUCACGCUUGAUAAAUUUAUGAACUGGUUUAUGUUAUAGGAUCAAUCUUGAUGUCUGUGGUGUUGUUUUCCAUUUUUGUCCAUCUUUUGUUUUUUCAUCCAUCACGAUUGGAUGAAUUAUCCAUACAUGGGCUUUCAAGUUAUUCGAUUUUACCAA